AAUUAAAAGAAGGCGUCAUGCUUAGUCGGUAAUACUGAACGAUAAAAGUUGUUUCAUAAAAAUGAAAGUAAAUUGCAAAGAUUGAUUUUUUUUUCGUUUGAUACAUUCUUUAUUUAAAAGCUUAUUGAAAUGUGUUAAAUACUUUUCUGUUAAUUUACAAUUUUAAUAGUUGGUAAGGUUAGCUACUUUAUUUUGAAAAGAUUUUUAAAUAGUUUGCUAUAUUUAAAAUACUGUAAAAUAGUGUGGAUUGUUGGUUAGGUUAAUAACAUUUAAAACCAGCCUAACUUAACCAUCUGUCAAAAUUAUUUCACAGUAUUUCAAAUGUAGCUAAUCCAACCUAACCAAUCCUUAUAUAUAACGGGUAGCAAUUGAUAACCUACUUAAAAUAUUGCAAUAUCCUUAUACCAGACAUGGGCAGGGGAGGGCCAGAUAUAAUAAAACAUUAUCUAGGUGGGUCGAAAAAAAAUUAAACAAAACACAUUUUUAUAAGUGAUAAACUUUAUUUUUGAUUUUUAAAUAAUAAAUGUCAAUAAACACAACCAACAAAGCAAAACUAUAGGAACACAAGCCAGACACACAGCUGUAGAGGUGACUUGACACUAACUAUGUGACUGGACACUAACUAUGUGACUGUCCGAACUACACUGACCUUGAGAACAGACGAAACAAAAAUGGUAGCUUUCGAUUUGUUCCGAACUUUGCGGAGCAACACCGUGCGCUCUACAGGCCAGGCACUGUGAAGACGCCAGUGUGAACACUGCCACACACAUUGUACUCCACAUUGCCAUGCUACCGAUCUACAGACACCUACUACGGCACUACACCUACGCGAGGUUGCGUGCAAAUUCAGUUAAUAUUAGAUGUGAUAAUACCAUACUUAAAACGCAGUGAGAAUAAAACCGUUGUUCUAUUCUAGCUACAUAGAAAAUAUAUUUUGUUCUAUGUGUAAUUGUAGGGGUUUUCAAAAACCAUGUCGCGGGCCGAAUUGACUUUGGCCUGCGGGCCGUAUUUUUCUCAUGAAUGCCUUAUACAGAAUCAUUAUGAAAUGUGACAGGAGCCAAAGAAGAUCAAUGUUCACAAGUUUUAUAUUCAUUUUCAUAGAAAAUAUCUUUUCGUUCAGUAUUACUGCUUAGUUUCUUGUAAAUGUGGCGCUACAUUAACAAAUUGUUGGCGGAGGUGAAUCCUAAUGGAAUGUCAUUUGAAAUCCUGACGACGGACGAGCAGCGACUGACUGUGAACAUGAAGCACCCCCUGGAGGAGCCGGUGACAGGCGUCAUAGAGGUGCGGGGCACUGCCCAGGGCCGCACCAUGCUGAUGUGCGACUCCUACAUCAUGUUCCCUGCAGAGAUCACCGCCCUGUUCGAUAAGGCACAGUUCAACACCGCAGUCACCUUGAUAAACACCAUCGCCAACCCCUGGGCCCCUUCGUAAUGAUUCUGGUGCAGCCUCUUGCAAUGAAACAAACAAAACAGCUCUGCAACAAUUAUUUUCUUGUUGCUCGUACAGCAUGUCAGUAAUUUUGAAUUUGUGUAAAAUCCACAUAGGCUCUCAUAGUCCACAUUCAGAACUUAUUAGGUUGUUAUUUUCUUAUGGUUUUGCAAUGAUGCUUAUGAACAUGUAACUAUAUUGUGGUACAGAAGAACCUCAUUAAGUUGAUCAUUUGGCGCAUCUGAUCCAGGGUAAUGAAAAUCCAGGUAAACUGAAAACUUAAAGAAAAAUUUAUGCAAGGCAAUGUACUUGUAGGCAAUGUCCUUUAUAUUGAACAUAACAUAUUUGAAACUUAAUAAAUGCAGCUUAUGAAUUUGUAAUCAGUAACACAUAACAAACCCAUGUGUACAGGUGAUUCUACUGUAUGAAAGGGACAGAUUUCAAUUAUUUUGUGAAGCGGUUAAAUAAUUUAUAUUUUGGACUUCCACUCCAUAACAAUAUUAUCAUCUCACCUGGGUACAGAUUGCUAGAGAAGAAAUUUGUGUAUGUACACUUUAAUUAAUUACACUGCCUUUAAGGUUCAUAUUCAUUCCAAUAAAAAAAUUGAAAGAUGAAUUGUACAAAACAUCACAUCUGUAGUUUGUGUCUUUUCUCAUUAUUAAAAGCAUAUGCCAGACUAUUGCAGGAUUGUUUUGUUAAAACUAACCCCCUUUUCCAUCAUUAUGAUGCACUUGUUCAUGACUUUGUCAUUGUCACACCUGCACAUUCACUCAGUCUGUACUAUUUGAUUGUAUUAAAGAAGUUCGGAUACUACUCAGAAGAAACAACAUAUUUCAGUAUGUUGUUUACCAUUUUUUAGAGUUAUAUUUCCUGAAUGAUUUUUUUAAGAAGAGCUUGGAAUCACAGAUGCAAUGUAAUACAGUAAAAACUAUCAUAAGAGAAUAACACUUAAGAUAAUUUCUUGUAUAAUAAGUUAAAAAAUUCUUAGUGCUUGUCUUGGAAAUACAUAAAAAAUUUUAAGCACCUUGAACUUCUUAACAGGGUUCUUAAUUGAUCAGAGACUUUUCUUUAGAGCAGUUUAUUGCAACUUUUUUUAAAUACUGUUGUACAGUAUAAGAAUUUUUCUUUGGUCUCAGCAUUAAAACUAUGUUGAUUUUCCAUAAUCCGGAAAAUUGCUAAUUUGCCAUGGCCCUGAAUGUGUCAGAUUAAAGACAGACUGUGACAUACUAAAUAUAUGAGAAACUAUUUGCAAUGUGUUGACUUGGUUGUUUAGUUUACCGCAGAGGAUGGUAAGUAGCUAAUAGAUAUAUGUAUAAAUUUUUUGUAGUAAGUUUUUUUUUAUAAUAUUUUAAACCCUGAACAUUAAACAAGAAAUAUAUGUUUAUGUUGAAAUUAUUUAUUACUAAUUGGUCUGAUUCUUAUAUGGAGAAACUAUUUACAAAAAGCAAGCAAAUAACAUUGUGAAGAAAAUUCUCAGGAAAAUUAUAUAAAUUGUCUAUGCCUGCUUAAUGUCACUGAUGUACUGUUGUGGGUAGAGGAAAGAAAUGGUGGAGAGCGAUAAAACCGAAAUAAAAGCGGAAAUACACUUGAUACACCACCUAAAACCAAAAUGCACCUAAGGCAAAACACAAAAACAGUUAAAUUCACCUCAAUUACCUGAUUUUUUUUUUGUGACAGAGUGUGUGUGUGUGUGUGUAUAUAUUGUG